AUGGAUCCUUUGGAAGCUGAGAAAUGGUUGGAAGAGAUGGAGAUGGUGUUUGAAGUGUUGGAGUGCAAUAACAAGGAAAAAGUGUUCUUCGUUGUGUACCAACUGAAGGGAAAUGCACGUGAUUGGUGGAAAGCGGAGAGGAUGACGCACGAGCAAGAUGUUACAACUAUGUCAUUGAAUAAAUUUAAAGACUUAUUCUAUGAUAACUAUUUUCCCACGAGCACUCGUCAGCAAAAGGAGGUGGAGAUUUUAAAACUUGAGCAGGGAUCGAUGACGGUGUCAGAAUAUAGAGCCAAGUUUUUAGAACUCGCCAAGUUUGCUGGAAGGUGGAUCGGAGAUGAGGUGGGCAAGACAAGAAAAUUCAAGAUGGGUUUACAGCCUCGUAUCCGACAGAUAGUGGUUCCAUUUCAUCUUAAUAAUUUUAGUGGAAUGGUUGAAAAAUCAUUAUUAAUUGAGAGGGAGCUAAAUAUAACUAAACUUAUUGAGGAUGAACAAACGAUGAAACAAAGUUUUCCCAUUACUUCUCAAGGAUCUUUCUUAUCAAGAAAUUGA